AUGCCGCCAUUAAUACGCGCCAGCGCGCUGCGCCCGGUGCUGCAAAGCACUCUCCAGCUACAGCUACGGCAGCUCGCGACACGGCGCGCGUCGCGCUCCGCUCCAACCCCACCGCCAGCAGCGCCGCCAAAGCCGCCGCGCUCCCUCACAGGCGCGUACCUAACCCUCGCGGUCUUCUUCGCCGGCAGCGCGAUAGCGUUCGCGUACAAGAUGCAGGAGGACGAGAAGAUGCUCGCGCCGUACAGCUACACGCAGCACCGUGUGGGCGCGAACACGCUCUUAACGCCACAGCAUGCGCUGCUCCGCGUGCCGCUCACGCCGGACGAGGAGCGCCUGUUCGAUAACCUGCCCAACCUGGUAACGGUGCACCACGUCAUGCUCGGCGCGCCGCAGAUCCAGAUCGAGCGCCCGUACACCCCCAUCAACGAUGGGCGGCUUGGCGACCUCGAGCUCGUCGUCAAGCGCGUGCCCGGUGGAGAGGUCGGCCGGCUCGCGCACUCCCUCAAGCCUGGAGCCGAGGUGGCCAUGCGCGGCCCGCUGCAGACUUUCAACCUCGACCAGAGCCAGUACGACACGGUCGUCAUGAUAUCGACGGGCACCGCCGUCGCGCCGUUCCUCCAGCUGCUGAGCAAAGCUCACCCCGCGAACACGAACUUCAGGCUCCUCCACGCCUUGCCUAAUCCCGGCAAAGAGGACUGGGCGACCCGCUUCCUCGAGCCCCUACAGGCCAAGUGGGGCGACCAGCUCCACGUACAGCGUAUCCCGCCUGGCGCGGUUGCCAAAUCGGAUGUGCAGGCCGCGCUGAAGGACGCCGGCCGCGUGCUCGUGCUCGUCUGCUUGCCGCCCACCCUCAUGCAGCCCCUCUGCGGAUACCUCACCCCCACACUGCAGCAGGGCCCGUUGACCGGCCUGCUGAGGGACAUUGGCCUGCGCCCCGACCAGGUCAAGAAGCUCGAGUAG